AUGGAAGAAUAUGAUGACGGAUCUGAUGUUGACGAUGAAGGAGAGCGAUACAUUCGAACUGAAUUUCGACCUCCACGAUGUCCAUUCAAUUGUGCUAAAUUCGAUGAACGAAGAUGUCCACCAAUCCUAAAAUCAUUGCUAUCCAAACUCACUGUUCAGUGUGUGAACAAACCAAACGGAUGUGAACAAGUUCUAUUUUAUGAACAAUUGGAACACCAUGAACAAGUAUGCGAAUUUUGCCUAAUUAAAUGCCAAAAUUGUGGUAGAGAAAUGCUGAAAAAAAUGUUUGAUGAAGAAUAUCAUAAGUGUGUAUGUGAUGAAAUGGAGAAAAUUCUAGAAAAAAUCGCCCUUGAAUAUGACAAGUUGAAUGGGAUAAAUCUCAAACGAAAACGCGAUGAUUCCGACGCCAAUUAG